ACAUACGUGUUGAAAAUGUCUGGAAGAGGUAAAGGAGGCAAGGCCCGUGCGAAGGCGAAGAGCCGUUCAUCCCGUGCGGGGCUUCAGUUCCCUGUCGGCCGUGUGCACCGUUUCCUGCGCAAGGGCAACUAUGCCGAGCGUGUCGGUGCCGGCGCCCCAGUCUACCUGGCCGCCGUGCUGGAGUACCUGACCGCUGAGAUCCUCGAGUUGGCCGGCAACGCUGCCCGUGACAACAAGAAGACCAGGAUCAUCCCCCGUCACCUUCAGCUGGCCGUCCGCAACGACGAGGAGCUGAACAAGCUUCUGUCUGGCGUGACCAUCGCCCAGGGAGGUGUGCUGCCCAACAUCCACGCCGUACUCCUGCCCAAGAAGACUGCCAGCAAAUCUGCAUAGAGCCCAUCAUAACAAAACCCCGGCCCU